GCUGUCCAAGUGCUGAACCCGGCGCUCCAUCAGCGUCAGUCAUCAGAAGAGCUUCUUCAGCGCUGAAGAAACAUCAUUCAGCGACAGACAGACUGCAUCCCUCAUUUCUGAUCGCUCGUUCCGUUCCCGCUGCGUCUGAUUCGAGCGCACAAUGGUUUUAGACGCUUUGGGGACGCGCACUAGCGGAUCCGCGGUGUGUCGGUGUCGUUUCCUUCACACAGAUGAACCAUGAGAUUGUGGGCUGAAGUGACUUCACCUGCGGAAUCCUCCGGCUGUGUUUUAGCUCGGAAGAAAACGCGACUGGCGUUCGUUCUGAGCCCAUGAGGGAGCGCGAGCGAAGCCAGAGGAAUGACUCGCCCUUCUGUAAAACUCCUCACAACUUUACUCGCGUGCUUGAUAGAAAUGCACAACUUCAGGAUAACGGCAGGAAAAGAGUACGAGAGAAUAACAGGACGUGAAUCUUCAUCUGCGAUGUCUCCCUCUGAUUUCCUGGACAAACUGAUGGGUAGAACGUCAGGUUACGACGCACGGAUAAGACCCAACUUUAAAGGUCCUCCUGUGAACGUCACGUGCAAUAUCUUCAUCAACAGCUUCGGCUCAGUGACAGAAACCACUAUGGACUACAGGGUGAACAUCUUCCUCCGUCAGAAGUGGAACGACCCUCGUCUGGCCUACAGCGAGUAUCCCGACUCGUCUCUGGAUCUGGACCCGUCCAUGCUGGACUCCAUCUGGAAACCUGACCUGUUCUUCGCCAACGAGAAGGGAGCCAACUUCCACGACGUCACGACGGAGAACAAGCUCCUGAGGAUCUUCAAGGACGGCACGGUUCUGUACAGCAUCAGGCUGACGUUGAUCUUGUCGUGUCCGAUGGAUCUGAAGAACUUCCCGAUGGACGUUCAGACCUGCACCAUGCAGCUGGAGAGCUUCGGCUACACGAUGAACGACCUGAUCUUCGAGUGGCUUGAUAAAGGUCCAGUGCAGGUCUCCGAGGGUCUGACCUUACCUCAGUUCAUCAUCCGAGACGAGAAGGAGCUGGGCUACUGCACCAAACACUACAACACAGGGAAGUUCACGUGCAUCGAGGUGAAGUUCCUGCUGGAGAGACAGAUGGGUUAUUACCUGAUCCAGAUGUACAUCCCCAGCCUCCUCAUCGUCAUCCUCUCCUGGGUCUCCUUCUGGAUCCACAUGGACGCAGCUCCAGCGCGGGUCGCUCUGGGCAUCACCACCGUCCUCACCAUGACCACACAGAGCUCCGGCUCACGGGCCUCGCUGCCCAAGGUCUCUUAUGUGAAGGCUAUAGACGUCUGGAUGGCGGUGUGUUUGCUGUUCGUCUUCGCCGCUCUGCUGGAGUACGCCGGAGUUAACUUCGUCUCCAGACAGCAGAAGGAGUUUCUGCGGCUCAAACGAAGACAGAGACGAAACCAGAAGGAGGAGGAAUUACAGGACGGCCGUCUGCAUUUCUCCGGAUAUAACACCGUGUCCUGUGGGAACGUGAAGGACGGGACCACGGUCAAAAACACGCAGACGAACGCCAAUCCGCCGCCAGCUGUCCCGAAGGACACAGACAUGAACCGCAAGAAGUUUGUGGACCGAGCGAAGAGGAUCGACACGGUGUCACGCGCCGCCUUCCCUCUGGCCUUCCUCAUCUUCAACGUCUUCUACUGGAUCACCUACAAGAUCAUCCGACACGAGAGCGCCGGCAAAACCUGACGCAGACACAGCAUCUAAUCAGCUUUCUACAGACGGUUUCCUACCAGACGCUGUUUUAUACCACUGUCUUUGGGAUGGUUUUUAUGGAUGGAGACGUCACUCUUCUCCUCUUUCUAAUCACAGCUCAACAUGUUUUACUGCACAAACACAAUGUUGUGGAUUUAUGAGGACGUCCAGGUUAUAUCUCACCCACAAAUCAAUGGAAAUAUUACAUAUUAUUAAAAUGCUAUAUUAAUAAUCGGUAAAUAUAAUGUAAUAAAAUGUUCUAUAAUUAAAUAAAAAUAUAUAUUUGAAUAAUUAAAAUAUAAUUCUAACAAUACUUUCAAAAAACC